UUUUCCUCCACAGGGGGUUAUUUCAUUGUAAAAGGUCAGGAGAAAGUCAUUCUGAUCCAAGAACAGCUGUCCAAGAACCGAAUCAUUGUGGAGCAGGACAGGAAGGGUGCAGUUGGAGCAUCAGUUACCAGCUCCACUCAUGAAAAGAAAAGCAGAACUAAUAUUAUUGUUAAACAAGGCCGUUUCUACUUGAGACACAACACGCUGUCAGAGGAUGCCCCCAUUGCAAUCAUAUUUAAGGGGAUGGGUGUGGAGAGUGACCAGGAGAUAGUUCAGAUGAUCGGCACAGAGGAGAGUGUCAUGGCCAGCUUCGCCCCGAGCCUGGAGGAGUGCCAGAAAGCGCAAAUCUUCACACAGACUCAGGCCCUGAGGUAUCUUGGGAAUAAAGUGCGCAGACAGCGGAUGUGGGGAGGCCCCAAGAAAACAAAGAUGGAAGAGGCCAGAGAGCUGUUAGCAUCUCUCAUUCUCACACAUGUGCCUGUAUGUAAACAGAAUGCUCAUCACGAUAACUGGCAUUCACACUAAAAUGUUACUCGACAAAAUGUAAAGACUGUAUAACUUGU